UCCUUACUCGCGAGCAAUUCACAAGUCUGAUGUCAACCGUAUGUCUGAGACUAUUACAGGUAUAUAUAUCUUCGUAUCACCACGUAAUGUCAGUAUGUGUGCUUGAUGGUCUUCCCAGUAGCAGCAAUAUUUGGCGAGAAGAUUCCUAAGAAUCGAAGUUUGAAGCAUUUGCUAUUUAAGGGACGUACUGAAUAUUUCUUAUUACUACCUAUUGUAUGAUGAUAAUGAACGGAAGUGACGUCAUGUCCCCUGGGGGUGGGGCAGCGUCCCUACCCACUUCAUCAAAUUCCCCAAGUGAGUCAGGAUUCUCGCAAUUGCAGAUGACAAGCAACGGACCACCACUGUGUACCGGGUGUGGCCAUGUCAUCCUGGAUGAGUUCAUCCUGCGGGUGCAGGGAAGACUUUGGCACUCGGCUUGCCUCCGAUGCUGUGUGUGUCACGAGGUUCUUAACCAGACCUGUUUUGCACGUGGAACUCAAGUAUUCUGUCAAAAAGACUUUUUCAGAUUACUUGGCACCCGAUGCGCCGGCUGUGGGGGUGGGAUACCACCCACAGAGAACGUUAGACGAGCCCAUGAGAAUAUCUACCACGUCAGGUGCUUCACGUGCGUCGCCUGUGACAGUAAACUUGAAACGGGGGAUGAAUUUUACCUGCGAGAUGACGGGCGUCUCAUCUGUAGUCAGGACUACCACAGUGACAAACACACAGGUGAACAGGAGGUUCUCGAACUUCAAGAAAAGAAAUCGAGGACCUCAUUGACAGAUCUCCAAACGGACAUCCUGACAACAGCUUUCACAUCGUGUUCCAAGCCAUCUCGACAGAUGCGUGAGAGGCUGAGCGGGGAGACCGGUCUGGACCAGAGGGUCAUCCAGGUGUGGUUCCAAAACAAGCGGGCCAAGUGUAAGAGAGACCACACUGAUCCGUCAGACGGGAAUAACAACGCAUGCGCAGAUCAACCGGAAGUGCACUUAGGCCAAGUAGCAGCACCACCUGGCGGAUUCCCGCUUCCUAUAGUGAAUGGAGAUUUCUUAGAAAGUCACAGACAGCCACAGACACCCUGCGACUUUUCCCAUCUUGCAGAGUUCCUCAACGUCCCCUUGUCUGCCAUUGGUGCACUUCCAUGGAGCGCUACGCCGGACAUGUGGGAUGCAAAUUUUGUUCCCCCAAACGUUGAUCUUGACCCUGCUGACAUCAAGGACGGAGAAGUGUGCUCAAAACGACGCGGUGAUGUCACGUGGGAGACACGUGACCAGCUCGUCAACUGCAGGCAGUGAGCGCCUGCAAAGUCUUGAAGUUGUCUUGCUGCCGCUGGAUGUAGAAUAUGCGCACAUGUCUCACUGGUAAAGAACAGUCAAAGCGUGUACUUUCCUCAAAUACGUAUACGUUGACACAAGAAACAGACUGAUAACGUGUACAGACACCUGAUUCAAGGAACACAUCUGCAUUGAUUCAGAGAGUCAAUACUGAAACGCUUCUCUUUGACAGAGGAAUGCCAGUUGCGACAAUACACUUGUAUAGGGAAUCGAACUGGUUCUUCAUAGUGCCGAGCGAGCACAUUGCGAACCCACCGCCGCGCCUACCACGAAGUGCGUUAAUUUGGUAAUAUUGUAUAUAAUACAUAUUUAUGGAUUGAUGAUUGCUGUAUAUAUACACGUGCUCCCUACUAUUUAUGACGAAUCACGAAUGGGAUUUGAAUUAAUAAAUAU